AAAGAGAUUUUGUGAUUUGAUCAUGAAGCGCCUACAAAAAAAUAGCAGGUAGAGUAAAAGCUGAAUGUAUAGUGUGACAGUGACAUUGACUCUGAUAUCAGUGUAACAGUUAAUCUACAACUACUAGAAGAAACAUGAAUUGGCAAACAAUAAUUUUCGACGAAGAUUUAAAGAACUUUCAUAAAAGUCGAACUUGCGAAUUCUUAUUCAUGGUUGAGCGCUCUGAAGGUGCUGGUAAGGUACUUGACAAAUUUUACUUUGGUUCAAAGAAAAACCCUUUAAGUAACGUUAAAAUAAUAACUUAUCAAGAUAUUUUGAACAAUGUUACAACAGUUUACAGUCAGCCUCUAACGGGUAAGAAAAAAUCCAAUGAAUUGUAUAACCUUGCUGCCAAAGACACUUAUGAGUAUUUGAUGUACCACGGUCGCCUUCCAUACACGUGGAUGGUUAACUUAAUUAAACUUCAUGUAAUGUACUUAAUCGAUGAAGAUGUUUCUGCGAGUCAAAGGCUAUUAAUGACGGAAAGAGAUUUGAAUAAUGAAAGGGCCGAAUUAUUAAAUCCAGUCGAGAAGAAACCUAAAGGUCAACCUUUUGAUCCAUUCAAUGCGUACAAAUUAAAAACUAACACUUUCUUUAAAUCCAAAAAAGUGGACAAUCCUUUACUUUACGAAUCUAUUCCCGUGGAAUCAAAAGAGCUUCUCUUUGUUAUGAUAGGAUUUUACGAUUAUCAACUGUUUAGAACGUUGUUUGAAGCGAAGGUUCCCUGUUUAUGUUUAGUCCAAGUUGUUGAACCCAGUUUCAAACCAAUUUCAUCUGGUUAUGAUAAUGAUGACGGCGUUAACUGCUCUCAGAAAGCAACUAAACGUAAAACUAAGAAAUCGCAAGCUUUGCUUGACUUUUGGACGAACCUUUAUAAUAACUUUGAAAAUGAAAACUAUGAGGAGUGUUUUACGCAUACGUACCACAUGCUCAUUUGUCCAGCUUCGUUUGCGUUUGAGACCCAAUGUGUUACUACAAAGUUAUGCGUAAAAGUGUUCAAUACUAUCUCUGAUGAGUUACUACGAUUCUUUGAUGUACAAAGAUGCUAUGCAAACUACAUCAGACAUUUGAAAAUGUGCAAUGUGGGUCCGAAACCCAAUUUUGCUUCCUCUGGAAAGUACCCUUUGUACAAUAAAAUUAUGAAUUUGUUGCCUCCCGAAUGUUUCAACGUAUCUUUUCUUUUAUACGCCAUGCUCGAGCAACUUCAACGAUUGUCAUCGUCAAAUCUACCUGCCACGAACUCGUCUGAAAUAUUUGUAACCUAUGAAUCACCAGCGAAAGAGUUACCCACACACAAAAGCAUCAAGAGGUGUAUUGGUGACAUACUAAAAAGAGCUGCUCCAUCUUUUUGUUCUAACAAUUUAAACGAGCAUCGUGAUGGUUCAAAAGCAAACUUAGGAAUAUCAAGAAAACCAUUUCUAACUCACGAAAGGAAUCACAAUUACAUACGAAUAAGUCCAUACGAGAAAAUUCGCCCCGAGUACUUAAGAAUUAAUCAUCAUGGUCUAGAGAUGUGCCGUUCAGCACUGUUGUGGAAACGUUGCAAUUUUAAAGAGCUCCAGGUUUUUCUGAACAAAUACAACUUGAAGAACUUGGCUAGUGUUUUAGAGCUACCUGUGCAGGAAAUACAGUAUGCUCUUCACGUAGUCCUCUUUCACUCAAUGAAAUGUUCUACCGACAAAAAUUCAGUUACAACUUGCAACAAUUCAUUCACCUCAUUGUUCGCGCCGAUAGAAGACACUGCACCAGGGGUUACUACUUUAACAAAUGAUACUUUCAAGUCGAUACCCGGUAAUCAAAACGUUUACGAGGUUCGAAAUAUGGCGUCAUUUAAAUGGUACGAUAAAUUAACGUCAGACGUAAUGCUACAAGAUCUCUUUGAUGCCGAACAGAAUCACGCUUGCAUGGAUUACAAAUUUAAUGCCUUUGAUGAUACAAUUUUGUUGAGAUUUCACAAUGAUCUGGACGAAUUUGGACUCAAUCGGCGAGUACACAAUGAAUCGUUAAGAACGAAUAUUGGGUUGAAAGACUUCUGUAAGUAUGUCAUUAAUGAAGAUUGUGAAUGGCUAAAAAUGCAAGAAGAAAAGUAUCUCAAAGAUCGCGAAAAGGAGUAUGACGAGAACGUCAGAGCGCAGCAGGUCGCAAAGCAAACAUUUUACCCCGAGUUAAUCUUUACUGAUUCCGAUUUUGUACAACCAGGAUCAUUCAAAGCAAAGGCCAAAAACGAAACAAAAUUAAACCCGUCUCCUACAACUGCACCAAUCGCUACUCUCGAAAAACUAUCAGAACCACCUCUACCACUGCCGUCUAAAAAACUUAGUCUUCAUUUCGCCGACUCAGACUUUCGGUAUUAUGCAUAUGAUCACUGCGAUCACCGUUUGCAAUUAACGGGCUCGACAAUCCUAUUUCACAGUCAAGAUGGUGUCAAAGUAACAGUUGAUCAAACUCGCUUUUUGAAAUCACCCAAAACGUUAUCCAUUAACGUAUCAGUUGGCGGACACAGCUUAGUACUCCACAAAAAUGAGAUAACUUGGUCAGAACCGCUCACCUUUCAUUUCGCUUUGGCAAACCAAACUAUUGUGGCAUUUGGGAAACCCCACAAACCGAAAAGGCCCGAAUCCAAAUUAUUUUCCAACUUAUAUCAUGCGAUAAAAGAAGGCGAUCCCAAUUUACGGCAGCGACUGUAUUUUGUGUCGGAAACCCAAAGUCGCGUAAUGAAAUGCUUCGACGUCCCAAUGAUUACUAAAAGAAAUUUGAUUUUAUCUCAAGAUCUAUUGACUCCCUUCCUGCGAGAAGUAGCCAAAAGAAAAAUUCCCGUUAAAUAUGUCUUAUCAAGCGAAACUUUGAGUAAUGAGGAAAUAACCGAAAUCAAAAAUGUUGUGAGUGCAAAAUUACGUAGAGGAGAACAUGUGCCAAGAAAAAGGUCGACCAAGUUUAUUACCAUAACCAACACUGAGGAAGUAGAAGACGUACAAGACGAAGAAACUCUUUGGAGUAGUCAAGCACGUCGAGCCUUUUCAUCGGAAGAUUUUACCAUUUUAAAAAGGUCAACAAAAAAAGUACUAGGCAAGAUUAGGGAGGCGCAAGUUUCUCAAAUCCCAAUAUUUAAAAUUUGUUCGAGCAGACUUCAUAAAAAUCAAUACGUAAAACGAGUGAAAUCUUCCGUUGCCAUUCCUGAAGGAACUGUGAUAAAACGCUUAGCUAUUAAACCGCGUUUGCGUUACGGUGAAAGUGAAUUAAAAAUUUCGAAGUUACUGCCUAUUAAACCUCUUAUUGUGGGGAAUAGUCCAAAUUACAAUUUAAAAGUUUCGUUGCCGUCUGGAUUGAUCGUGGAAACCGUGCCUGGAGUUGAAGGGGCACAUUUUUGUUUACGGCAGAGGUAUGUAGAUGUGGGUCCACAAUCAAAAUCAAUUUCCAGCGAGUCUUCACGCACUUUUUUGAGAAAUGGCAUCUUAGUGAUUAGUAAAAAUGAUGGAAAUUUGAAUCUCUUAAACGUAAAUGGCCACAUUGCUAACUGUAAUUUAUCUACAAUUAAGGAAAAAGGUGCCAAUAACUCGAGACUAAAACGCAAAGUGUUUUCUCAUUUAACACACUUGCACGCAUACGGUGCAAAUUUCCGCAAAUUUAAAAGGCAUCUACAAAGGGUAGUGUACCGAUUGGAAAAGCACGAGGUAAGUAAAUCAUUCACCAGUUAUAGUAGAUCUCCAUUUAGAAGGUUGAAAAAUUGUCAUAGUGGCGUUUAUUUUUUGCAAAAUUCGAUGUCUCCAUGUGCAAAGUUUUCUUUAAUUACUUGCGAUGGAAGAAAGAUAACAAAAGUAAAAUCGGCAAUAGUUGAAGAAAAGAAGUUUUAUACUUCGACUGUGACCGAUUAUCGAUAUGAAGAAGUUCUUUUCACCAGAGAGGAUGGAACGCAUAGUUUGCUGAAUCGCGAUGGAGUUCUAAUAACACAGUUCCCCGAUGGUAGCAGAAUAUCAUCUUGGAUCUAUAUUGAACCAGAAUUGAUCUACGUAGUUGAUGAGCCUAUUCGUUGUAAUAUUACAUGUGACAAGCAAGAGCAAGCCUCUUUACAUUCCGUUUCUGGCUCUAUGUCAUCUACAGACGACAAAACCAAACCCGCAGAAACAGGAUGGGUAUCUGUCUUUCUAAAUUUCAAAUUGGAAAAUCCACAUUACGCCACUGUGGCGUAUUAUGGCUCGAGCAAGUAUGCGGAUAUUACACUUCCUGGUAAUAUAAAUAUUAACAUGACCGAUUUGGGAGAAUACAAAAUGCAAGUCGAUGACCGAAUCGCCGCCAACAUAACAUGCGACAAAUUAGUGUUGGAGUCACAAUUAUGCCACAACUGUCUAGGGAAGUGUACAACGACUUUGAACCUUAGACCUUUUUUUAACAAGGAGAGGGGCGCUUUUAAUUCAAGCAAAAUUAAACUUUUGAAAACAGUUGACAGCUUUAGAAAGAAGUUUGUAGUAAAUUAUGAUGGCAGGUGUUACAAGAACACAGAUUAUGAAGCAGGAGGAAGAAAUAAAGAAUGUUGUGAGAUGCACCGCCCAUUUGAGUUUCAGCAACUUUUUCUGCUAACAAGAUCUUUAAAUGGUUGCAAACUGUGGGACACUAUGUCGUUUGAAAAUCAACGCUUAAUGGCACAGAAGCAUGAACAUGUUACUGUAAAGAGUUCACAAGAUAAACAUUCCUCAUUGGUCAUUUUGGAAACUUCGGUUGAUGUACCAAAGGACUACGAAUUUAUGCUUCCCUACAAAGAGAAGUCUUUAACGUUAACCAAACAGAAGGCAAAUAAGUGCGAAGAGGCCAAGACAUUUUAUACAAAAAGACUAAUCUUGCGUGGGCUUCCAAGUGCACCUACGUUGUUACCAUUUUACAAAACCUUGAGGGAUUUACUCACACCCAAUCCGAAAAUUACCUGGUCCGGUGCCUCUGAAUUUUUCAUAUUUUACGACAAGAUUUUAACGGAAUUUAAAAGUGACCAAACCGAUAAAAAGAAAGCCUAUCUUCUAGCUGAGGCUGAAAAAAUGCACGUGGCAGAACCGGUUGUACCGCUUUCAGAACGCUUAAAAAAUUGGAAAAGGCGACGUGCUAGUAAAAUUAACAAAAUUAGGCAUACAACGGUUCCUUUAUAUUAUAACUCUAAACAGAGAGAAGAUUUGAUGAAGGAACUGUAUCCUGAACCCACUCCAUCGGAAUCUCUAAUUGCUACUUCCUCCAUUUCUAAUGAAGCACCUAUGGUACCUUCAGAAGCUAGCGUGAGCUGCGACCACCAACCAGAAUCAUUACAAGAUGAAGCGAAAACGAAUUCUGUAGACACUCAGACUCAAGUAGAGCACAGCGUAUCACUAAGUGUACAGGAAAAUUUAAAAAUGGGAUACUCCAUAAAAAAAGAUUUAAAUGGCAAUGUUCAUGCAAACGAAAUUUUGAAAGAAGUUAUUUUGAGAUUCAGUUCCUUUCUUGAAGACGUAGAGGACAAAAAUGAAAAUGUGUCAGUUCACAAAGUUGAGUAUGUCGCCGAAAAAAUUUAUAACAACAUACUAUUCGCUGCCAACGAGUUUGAUAGUUCGCGUUGUAACGAUUACAUUACCAUCGCUGCUACGAUUAUUGUUAAAAACGUAACUUCCGAGCAUCUAAAUACUGCCGAAAUGCGUUACCUGGUUACUUUCUUAUCUGGACCAAUCGUUGAAAAUAUGGGAACGUGUAUUGGCGUCAACACCAAAUCUUGCACACCGUGCUUUGAUGGCUCGAGUUGUACGUUGAAACAACCAGCAGACCAAGAUGAUUCAACAUCGGCCGAAUCAAAUCAAGUUGAAUCUGCGUACGAAGUUUAUUGCAGUUACUCAGGCAAAACUAAAAUCGGUCUCCGACCUUCGUCUUCAAGUUCGAUUGAGCAUAGUGGGGAUAAAGUUAGGCCAAAAGGGAGCAGCUUAACGGUCGUUUAUGAAUCAAGUGGAGUGGAUCAUGAUAAAUCACUAGAUCCUAAAGCGAAAUAUCUAAUACGGUCAUCUUACACCAACUUGAUUCAGUCGCAAGGUGGAAGCGAGGUGUGCACUAAAUGUAUUGAAACCACCUCAUUUUGGACAAAGUACGCGAAGAGAACGAGUGGCGAGGAAAAUGAUCAGUUGGAAAGCGUUGAACAAUUACUUACGGGAGAAUUCAGUGAAGCAGGAAGUGGUAAAGAUUUUCCGUCAACCUCCUUUGGUAAUUUCGAAUCAAAUCAAUCCAUAGUUAUAGAGGAUAGUGAAAGUCGGACAGUUGCAUUAGAUAGGGAUACAGACGACCUACCAUCUGACAGCAUGAUGGCUUUAUUCAGUUUGGCAUCUUUAAAAGCUAAAAACAUGCAGAACAUGCCCCCGUACAUUGAACGAGACCCUAAUGACAUACAGAAAUUUCUCACUAACGCAAUAACGUCCGCUGAGGGUGAAGACAGGAAGCGAUCCAAAUUGAUUCAGUCGGCAUUAAGUAAAUGUCGAAAGUGUGUUAAAAAAGGUCACGGGCGCUUUUCCAAGAACAAAAGUCUUACAGAUGUUGUAAACCAGAUAAGAGCCGAUAAUCCACUAUUAAGUAGCCAAACUGCAAUUAAUGGAAGUUUGUUAGACAUUCUGCAAUCAGACGUAGAAGAGUUGGAUGGGAAAAAACACGGCAAGCAUUUAAUUUGUGCAGAAAUUACGAAUAAAGAUGCGAGAUUAGUAAAGGAAGGUUGUCCUCCGAUCAUGGAUCAAACAACGACGUAUAGGGUACCACGGCAAGAACCGAUAGGAAAAAUAGUGAAGAAAAGCGUCGGAAUGGUUACAAAGGAAGGCACUACUGAUAAAAGAUUUCAAACUCGAUCUUUUCAUUAAAGUUUGCUUAAUUCAAAUAUAAAAGAUUGUCUGUAAUUUGCUCUUUCUAUUCUAUCUUUCGAAUAGUAUCUCUAUAAUUUGAAAAUUAACACUGUUAUUACUACCCGAUCCCACCCCUUCACCACGCAGUCCCACCCCUUCGCCGCCCGAUCCCAACACUUCGCCAACCUUUUGCCACCCGAUCACACCCCUUCGCCACCCGAUCCCAUCAGAUCAUCAACCAAUCCCAACACUUCGCCCUCCGAUUUCACCACUUUGCCACCAGUUCCCCAUCCGAUCUUAACUUUUCGCAACCCAAUCCCAUCCGAUCCCGAUCCAACCCUUUCGCCACUUAAUUCCAUUCCUUUAUCACGCGAUCCCAACCCUUUACCACCCGAUCCCACACCAUCUCACGUGAUUAAAUCCCUUCGCCACCCGAUCCCACCCCAUUGACACCCGUUCCCACCCUAUCGUCACUCGAUCCCAAUCCGAUCCCACCACUUCGCCCCCCUAUUCAACCAUUUCACCGCUCGA